AAAAGGCACAACAGAGGCAGGGCUUCUUUGUCUUGGGACAGUUGCUGGCAGAGAAUCCCCAUCAGCCUUUGGCCUGUGGAAUCUAUGGGGUGAAACAACAACCCACAGACUGUUCGGGGCUGGCUGCGGACAUCAACCACAGGGCUUGUGCCUGUCACUGGUAUGCGACUCUUCUGAAUUCACUCAACCACGCUGCCUUGAAGUUCCCUUCUGGUCAUGCUCAUCAGGCCAUUUGUCCUGCCAGUGACAGGUGAGGUCCUACAUCAGGACCUAUGAAGUGCUUCAUGAUCAGUGACGAACCCCACAAUAGACCUAGAGCAAGUACAUAAUCCAAACUCUUUUACCAUUAUGCCUGUUUUGAACCAGAUUUCCUUGAAACUUUGCAAGCUGCUACUCCUCUUCACAUGGACACAUUGGGGUGUUGAUGCUUUUGGUUUCAGGAACUGUAUCCUUUCCCAUAACAGGCCUGGCCUUGCUAUUUGUGCUGGCCAUGCCAUCUUUAACCUGAGUUCUGCCAUUGCUUCUCUGCCAAAUGUAACUUAUUGGCUCAAUGCCUCCCACAACUCUGUGGAAAAUCUGGCUUCUACCACCUUUUCCCACCUUCCUGAUUUACUGGAACUUUAUCUGGACCAUAACUGCAUAUCAAGCAUUGAGCCUAAUGCUUUUCAAAUCCUGGGAGGCCUUGAAGUUCUAGAUCUGAGCUGGAACCAACUGACUGCUCUGGGUCCCCCUUUAUUGGCCAACUUGACACAUCUCCGUGUAUUGCACUUGGAUCAUAACAAAAUUGCCAUUGUGCACCCCAGUUCUUUCAAGUUCCAGUUGGCUCUUCAGGAACUUUAUCUUCCCUCCAAUAGACUCUCUAGUUUCCAAGAGAUGGCAACAGCUAUAAAAAACUUGUCCAAACUCACCAUCCUGGAUCUAAAUUUUAAUCAGAUCUCUACCCCCUGUGUUGGUCCUUCCCGGGUCAGUUUGCCCAUCCUGAGGAAUCUCAGUUUGAAUGGCAAUGGCAUUUGCAGACUGGACUUGUCCAACUGUUCCUUUCCUAACUUGCGACAACUGAACCUAACUUUUGAUAACAUGUCAAAAGUGGAAGCUGGAUCCUUUCAAGUUACUCCUGUUUUGGUGGAGCUGUCUUUAGACAUGAACCCUCUAAAGGUCUCUGAGCUUAUCAACAUAUCGCUUCCUAACCUGACUAUGUUGCAUUUAUCCAGUAUGAAACCAUCAUUAAACAAGAAUUUAUCAGCAGCUUGCUCUGUCUUCCAAAGUCUUCCAUCCUUAACUUCUUUGGACAUCAGAGGUUCCAAGUUUAAUAAUACUCAGUUGAGACAGUUGGGUUCUUGCACUAACCUCACCUGGUUGACCCUCUCUCUCACGGAAUAUAGAUACCUGGGAAAUAAGACAUUUGACACAUUUCAGAACUUAAAGUAUCUUUCUCUGGAUAGGUGCAAGAUACUGCAACUCCAUUCUAAUACUUGGGGGAAGGGGUUACCAUUGCAAACCCUGAUCCUGAGUAGAAAUGCUAUCGCUGAAUUAUAUGAUGCUGUUUUCUCUGAUUUGAAGAAUUUAAGCUAUUUGGACUUAUCAAAGAACCGCCUGACCAAUCUACGAAAGACAUCCUUUUUUGGCAUGGCAGCAUUGCGGACACUUAUUCUACAGAGCUGCCAGAUCACAGCUGUAACCCGUGACACUUUCUACUAUGCUCAUAAGAUCGAGUUUUUGGAUCUGAGUUUUAACAGCAUUACCUUAGUCAAGGAUUAUGCCUUUUCACGCCUGCAUGUGAAGACUCUCCUGCUUUCAGCCAAUAGAAUUUUGACGGUUCAGAGAUUUGCCUUUAAGCAUCUCAGUUCCCUGAAAUAUCUUGCCUUGGAUCAAAAUUUCUUAUACAAGUUUUCUAGUUCAGUCUUUGCACCCCUGAAUAAGCUGGAAACAUUAGAUCUCAGUCACAACAAUCUGUUUGCCUACAACAAAUACAGUUAUCCAAGCCCUUUUAUAGGUCUCCACUCCCUUGUGAACCUGGAUGUUAGUUUUCAGACACCUAGAUUACCAGUCUGCCCUCCAGACCAACUCUUCCAAGGGCUGGAGAAUCUAAAGUUCCUGUCUUUGAAAGGCAAUCCUAGCGAUUUGUUUCUCAACCUUUCAUUUAUCAAUUUGACUACUCUAGAAUCCUUAGACAUCUCUGAAAUCAAGCCAGGGAAACACAACUCUUGGAAAAUCUAUUCCCAUUUCUUUCAAGGACUAAGUAACCUACAUAAUCUCUGGUUAGAAGACAGUGCCAUCAAGGACCUGCCUGAAGAAGUCUUUUCUGGUUUGGCAUCUUUGGAACAGCUGGUCCUGAACAACAACAAUUUGAGGAACUUCAGUAAAGAAUUGUUUAGUGGACUUUCCUCCCUGAAGUAUUUGGAUGUUUCUGGAAAUUCACUGUCAUGCUCUUGUGAGAAUGCAUGGUUCCAAAACUGGUCAGUAUCUGUGCCAAAUGUUCAAGUGGCCUUGCUGGAUUCCUAUUACUGUUUCGGUCCUGGAGUGACGGAUCGUCUUUUUGCUUACGAAGACAUGUCCUUGUGCUUUGAGAACUGGGGAAUGUUCUUUUUUAUUGCCACCACAGGUGCCACUCUUUUGCUUCUGCUUCCAUCAUUGGUCUAUGCCAAGUUUGGCUGGACUCUCCGGCAUGCUUGCUAUCUGCUCAGAGGCUGGGGCUACAGGCAACUGCACCAUAAAGGACAGGACUACCAAUAUGAUGCUUACAUUUCCAGCUGCAGUCAUGACUAUGAAUGGGUGGUCAAUAAUAUUCUGGAAAAGCUGGAAGAACAACAUGAACUCCACUUCCGGUUUUGUUUUGGGCCUAGAGAUUUUGCCCCUGGAAUGUACUAUAUAGAUAAUGUGCAGAAUGGAAUAAGCAGAAGCCGUAAAACCUUGUGUCUGGUGAGCAGAAGUUACUUGGAGAGUGAAUGGUGUUCCCUAGAAAUUCAACUUGCUUGUUCCAAGAUCUACUAUCAUGGACAUGACCCUUUGGUGGUGGUCUUUAUGGAAGAAAUCCCUAACUACAGGUUGUCCCCUUAUCAUCGCCUAAGGAAACUAAUUAAGCAAGAGAGCUAUCUCACUUGGCCCGAGGAUCCUGAGGCUGAGGAUAUGUUCUGGACCAAACUGUGUGAGGCCUUAAGCUUUGAGAGAGAAGAACAGUUGAUCACAUCAUUCACUUUAAUUGAGUAGCCAAAACCAAGAGGAAUGUGGCUCUGAUUCACCUACUAGCAUUAUUUUCUGACCUAGAAUAAUUUGAAGAUGAUGGGAUGACAGGUACUGCUAGCACUACCACUGAGUUUGGAUGCUGCCUUUUCCAAGUCUGGAUGCCUAGAUUUUUAAAAAACAGGUUGUGGAGUGAUUUGUGAGAUAUAUAUUAAUGGUCUCAAGUGGAGGCAAAAAUACA